AUGACGACACCAACACCACCGCCGCCGCCACAAUCAAAGACAGAGAUCACGGAGUUAGCUGGUGUAACAGUUUCAUCACGACUUCCAGAGUUUUGGUGCGACCAGCCACGGCUUUGGUUUGUGCAAUGUGAAGCAAUAUUAGGACCGCAGAAGAUAAGUGACGAGUCGCGAUUUAACAUGGUAAUCGCCAAACUAGGGAAAUAUGUUAUACAACAAGUUAGUGAUAUACUUCUGAAGCCGCCCGAAACGAAGAAAUACGAUGCUUUGAAGGCUCGACUCCUAACUGUGUACGAAGAGUCUGAAAUAAGGCAAUUCCAGAAGUUAUUAAGUGAAAUGGAGCUUGGCUUGGCUUGGCCUUCACAGCUUUUGCGUCGUAUGAAGGAUUUAGCACGUGAUAAAAUACCUGAUGAAACCUUACGUAUUAUGUGGCAAGGACACUUACCGCCGUCGGUACGAGCAGUGUUAGCAGUCAGUGAAUGUACAGACUUGACCAAUCUUGCAACAGUAGCGGAUAAAAUUGUGGAAACAUCGAGACCAUUGCAGAUAGCAGAAGUACAGGCAUCCACGUCAAACUUCAGUACCAGCAACGAUAACGCUUUUAUAUUGGCCGAGAUAGCCAAAUUGAGCUUGAAAAUAAGAGAUAUGGAACGAUAUAGAGGAAUGUACAGAAACAACGACUAUGGAAGAGGGCGAUCACGCUCUGCAUCUCGAGGACGACGUAACCAAAGUCGCCGCACGCCUGAUAGUCCAAAUUGGUUGUGCUACUACCACCACAAGUUUCGGAAUCAAGCAAAAAAGUGCACAGAGCCCUGCGCGUGGAAAAAGUCUGACGAUCAGGGAAACUAA